GCCGCUGAAGCACAAGUGAAGUCACAGAGACAGUAGGAACCAUCAUAGAAACACAAUGGACAGGCCGCCUGUGAAGAAGCUGGAGUUCAGAGAUGCCAGUCAAACCCACAGAUUUCGUCCAUCACAGGCUCACACAGACAGGUAUGAGGUUUGCUUACCAGUCGGCUCAGCUGCAGACCAGCGUCUCACGGCUGCAGAGUUUCAUCCCGAUGUCCUGCGGGAAAACACUCAGUUGGAGGAGUUUUCUCAGAGCAGUGAUGUCAGUCUGAAAACACAGAUUCUUAUGAUGGAGGAGCAGAGGAAAGAGCUUCUUUCUAUUAAUAAAAAAUGGGCAAAAGAGUACAGAACCAUGGUGCAGUAUUACAAAGAGAAGGUCCAGCUUUUAAAGGCAUUAGAGCAGCAUGAUCAGUCUGAAGAGGAGACAAGUGACGAGCAGCAGAAGGACGUCACGCUCUGUAAAAAACUACGAGUCAAGACAGACACAUGGACUGGAGGAGAAGGGGAGGUCAACGGCGAGUUCCCCACAGCAGAGAGGGAAGCAAAAGCGCUGCGGCUGCAGAACAGCAGCCUGACCCGCAGGGGGCAGCACCAGCACGAGGAGAUCCAGAGACUGAACAAGGCGUUGGAGGAGGCUCUCCUUCCCACUCAGCCUCACGGGACGAACAGUGAAACACUACAACACAUCUGGAAACAUCAGGCUGACGUCUACAAGGAAGACUUUUUGAAAGAGCGCAAGGACAGGGAGAAGCUGCACGAGAGGUAUCUGGAACUGGAAAAGAGGUUCAGAAAGGUCCACAACGAGCUCCGUGUCCUCAAGUCGGAGGUGACUUGGAAUCAACCCGUGCAACGCUGUUCCUGCACAAAUCAAGCCAAAGGUCCAAACCACCAACACAUCCAACGACAGAGACGCUAAGCCCUCGGCAGCAACAGUGAAGCCGGAUGCCCCCCCGAGUGUUUAGGCUUAAAUACUGCAAUGCACUUUAUUGGAAGUCUUCAAUGUAAGAGAUUAUACUAGUUUUUCAUGCAGAACAUCUGGGAGAACCAUCUGCUGCAGCUUCAGGUCCUUGAAGAGACUUAAACUGCUGCACUGCCAAGAACACUAGUCAAUUUACUGAAACAGGCUGCACAAAGGGAUAUUUCUGUUUUUCAUCACCUGCAACAUGAAGCAGGAUUGAAGCAGCAGCAUGAUGGCCUGAUUUGAUGAUCUUCAGACACUGAAGCCAUGCUGUGUCUCCAAGCACUGCCUACACUAUAUUACCUCAAAGAUGUUUAACCUCUCAGGACAGGAGGACAGCGAACCUCAUCACUCAGGACGUCAGCGUGCUGGAUAUUCCCUGAGCCGCCUGCUCGUAGAUUCUCUUUGUACAAUAUAUUUAUGUUUGUUUAAGUGAUUAUAAGGGACUUUUCUAUUUAUUUUACAGUAAUAAUGUCAUGAGUAGUUGGGCAUGUUUGUCCAGUUUCAGACAUGCAGGAAUGGCAGCUGUGUCUCUCGUGUGAGAUGGAAACAACACAUUUAUCACUGAUUCACUAGACUCAAAUUGUAAGUCUAUACAUUGUUUAGUUUGUACACUCUUUGUGUUGUGGGAAAAUAAUAAUAAUAAUAAUGUAUAAAUAAAA